AUGGAUUUUAUGAAGUCUUCCAUUGAUAAACGAGUUGUUUACAAUAAUUGUCUCCAAUAUUUGAAUCUCUACAUUGAUGGUUUGGUAGCCGUUCAAGAAGAGGUAUUCAAUGCGUUGAAGAAUGAUUUCAAGCCUGAAGAUGUCUGCGAGCCCACUGCUACUCCAAAAUACUUGACAGUAUUGUCAAAGUUCACUUCGAGCUCAGCCAGCAAAGGCAAUUUAUACGAGAAUGUCAUCAAGUGUUACACUAUCUGGAAGGAUAAGCUGGAACCCGUGGUCAGAGACGCCACAAAGAAAUCCGCGUAUGCUGAGCUCCCACUCAGGCUUGCUGCGUGCUUCUUCCUUAACGGCGAUUACUACAAAGCCCUUCUAUGUUUGCGGCACACUAUCUAUCUUGAACCGAAAAAUCUCGUGCCUCGAAUUCUGGCUCUUCGAUGGUCUGUAUAUCUUGGUGAAUGGGAGAUGCUUGAAAUGGCACUGGCGUUUGAGAAAUUGAAACCACCAAAAAGUCAUGGUGAAGAUGACUUCGUCAUGGCUCAACUAAGAUUCAUAAUAGAAAUUGCGAAAAGUUACGUUGAAUUCAACAGAGAUCACAAAUCGAGACCUACAUCAGCGAAAUCUAUUUUGGAGAUGACUAAUCUAGUGAAUAGUGACACUCACAUGACGUAUUACAUAUUCGAGUCCCAGGCAUUCGCUAACUGGAUAUGUGCUCAGCUUCCGAAAGUGGCAAAAUUCAGUACCGAAGAUCCGCUUCUCGACUCAUACAAUUGCCUUCACCGGGCCGUAUCCAAAUCUGAGAGCGUGAUGAAAAAUAGAUUGCCGGGAAUCCAAAAGGAACAUUUGCCCAUGGAUUUUAAAUGCGUUACUUCUGACACGACCGAUUUUGUGAAAGCCUGUUCAUCGUUUGCCGAAUGUUGCGAAUUGAGAAGGGAUUAUGUUAUUGAAUUGUUGCAUGUCGGUACGAUCCGAGAUGCUGCGGCCAACUCACAGCUCGGUUUGUAUUGCGCUUUGAAAAGUGGAGUACUAUUCAGAAUUCAACAGUUUGUCAAUACCAACACUUUGCUACGCUCAUGUGUUGUUCAUCCUGAUUUCAAAAAUGAUCUUCAUAAUUGCUUGGAUAUGUUGCGAAUGAUGUAUUCGAAUGGAUCAUCGGUGACAGACGUGUCGUUUGGAUACUCGAAAAAGAGGCCAUCCGAAGUGUCCUUUUCUGAUGAAUUGACGACUGAGAUACCUUUACCUCCUAUUUCAACUCCAAUUCGAUCUCCAGCUCGUGUUGGGCAGAAAUCGCUCGCUACCACGCUUAUCGAAUCGUUCGAAGAGCUUCGAUUGGAAACAGUAAGUUCAUUGCACGAGCUUUCUGACAAAUGCAGCUGUAAUUUCUGUUGGUUCUGUAGAACGAACUACAACGCAUCCUUUGAAUACUGGUUUUCCUCGUUUCUAUACGAAUCCAUGUCAGAAUCAGCGAUUCAGUGUCUUGAGGAACAGUUUCACGCAUUGCGUGCUCGUGUCGCUCCAGAGCAGUGUGCAGUUUUAGGGAAGAAAGUGAAACCGCGACCUCCCUCGAUAAUGUGCGAAACAUUUGCGUUGUGUGUAGUGCGAUGGCUUCGUCGUUUGGAAGAUUCUCCUUGGGACAGCGAAAAUUUGAAAUUGAAGUCUUUGAGAGAUUCUAUAGUGAAAUCUGCUUUGAAGAUUUGUGGCUACUCGUCCGUACGAACCGUUUGUUAUCGCUUGUCAAUUUCACAAUUAGAGCGCAUCCGGAAGCUUACACGGUGUUAUCGCUACGAAUGGAUGAAGGAUACUAGUCGAGCGGGCAAAUUUAUGGAUGCUGUGACGCAAUAUCUUUUUCCUUCACGGCUCUGUGGAAACGCAAGUGACGAUGAGGAUUCGCCUGAAGUCGUUGCGCAGAAGAUUGUGGAAAAGAACAUGAUGAAAGAAGCUCUUUCUGAAUACGCAUCCUUCAGCAAUCUGCUGUACAGGGACUGGAGAUUUCCGGUGUGUACGUUUUUGGGAGAGUACGUUAGCUGUCCGUGGCAGGCGGCUAUGAUGUGGUCAGAGUCGACAAUGUUGGCUACACGGCAGCUUUCACGUUUUAUGUCUGGGAAGAUGAAUGGAUUUGUUUUUUCACAGCCAAGUUUGUUCAAGAAAAUGGUUGAACAGUUACCCGCAGAUUUCACAUUGGUGCAUUUGGCGUUAUCUCAUGAUGGUUCUCUGCAUUUAAUCAAGCUGCACCGAGAUCGUGAACCAAUAAUCAUGCCACUCGCUCCAAAAUCUAAGGUGGAAACAGUAAAAGCACUGAUGGAAAAAUUGAUCGAGGAAAACUCGAGAACGUGCUGUUUGGGGAAGGUAACGCAGGAUGCCAAAACAUUUUGGGCGGCGAGGCGCGCUGUUGAUGCUGAUCUGAAGGAAACCAUUCCUCGAGUACAGAAUAUUCUUCUUGGUGCAGCCGCUCCUCUAUUACUUCCUUCGAUCAGCCUCAAUCGUAGCGGGCUAACCCUUGCCAAGGCUCUCGUUUCGGCUUCUCAAUCGCCAUCUGGUGCGCAGCUACCUUUGUCAUUUGCCAAGGAACUGGUCUCCCUGUCCUCAAAAUUGGAGAAAACCGAGUGGAUACGUGUAGCAGAAAGAUUGUGUGAUGUUGCUGGUGUGUCGUCUCAAAAGGAAGCGGUACAGGAGCUUUAUCUUAAAACGAGAGCGGCUGUAGCUAAAGGUGGCUUUUUGUCGGACAUCGCACCACUUUAUACAUUUUUAAUAAUUUGUCCGGACUUAACGACUUUCCCAUGGGAAGUGAUCCCGGUAUUCUGUGACAGUCCCUAUGUGGCUCGCGUUCCGUCAGUGCACGCUUUACUGCAAACCCUUCGUAAAAGCACUCAGGUACCGUUUGAAGUGAACGUUCAUAACGCUUUCUACGUGCUUGACCCUGACAACAAUCUUGGUGACACGAGACGUCGUAUAACGGAUUAUGUGUCCAAGUUUGGCUGGGAAGGAGUUGUAGGUAAAGUCCCAACUCCAAAGGAAGUCACCGAUGCGCUAUCGCAGAGGGAUGUGUUUUUCUACAUGGGUCAUGGUAGUGGUUCGAGGUACUUCAGUCGCCGUGUGAUCUGCGAAAAUACGGUCAAUGCUGUAAGUGUUCUGAUGGGCUGUGGAAGUGUUCGUAUGACGCCGUACGGGUGGGGUAUGGAUGGUAAAAGCUCUGUCUACGACUAUACCGUCGCACAAUGCCCGUCAAUUGUUGGAUGCUUAUGGACGGUGACGGAUGGCGAAAUUGAUCGAUAUUUUAUGGCACUUGUGGAUCUAUGCUUUUCAUCUGAUGCGAACCGCACGUUGACCGGUACCGAUGGAACUGACAGCCGACUUCGGGUUCUUGUUGAAGCUAUGCAUCGAGCUAAGUCACGUUGCAAAUUACCAUACCUUACUGGGGCAUCGGUUGUUUCAUACGGUAUUCCUGUAAUUGCAAUGGAAUAA